AUGGCAGACCUCGAUCCCGCAGAAUUAAAGGCGUAUCAUGAUGAUGAUGCUCAGUUGGCCCAGAUGGGCCACCGGUCAGAAUUGAAGCGGCAAUUUUCUAUGUUAUCGAUGCUGGGUUUGGCAUUCGCUAUUCUUAAUUCAUGGACUGCGUUGUCUACAAGUUUAUCCCUGAGUUUGACCUCCGGAGGUCCGACAAGUGUUAUCUGGGGUCUUCUUACGGCAGGUAUCUGUAGUUUGUGCAUGGCCGCCUCCCUAGCCGAGUUUCUCUCUGCGUACCCGACUGCUGCCGGCCAAUAUCACUGGGUUGCUGUUAUCUCCCCUACGAAAUGGAUGCCCCUUCUCUCGUGGAUCACCGGCUGGGUGAACUGCGCCGGUUGGGUGGCCUUGACCGCGACCGGUGGAUUGCUGGGCAGUCAAUUGGUUGUGGGCGUCAUCGCUCUCAUGAAUCCGGGAUAUGAGGCAGAGCGCUGGCACCAGUUCCUCAUCUAUAUAGGUUAUAACAUUGCCGGCUUUUGCAUCAACGCCCUCGCAAACAGUCUCCUACCCUAUUUCAACAAAGCUGCCUUUAUGUGGUCGCUGGGCGGUUUUACUAUUAUCUGUAUCACUGUUCUCUCCUGUUCUUCCCCCGACUACAACAACGCAGACUUCGUCUUCCGCAAAUUCAUCAACGAGACGGGAUGGCCUGAUGGAAUUGCUUGGCUCCUGGGUUUGUUGCAAGGUGGUCUCGGUGUCACUGGAUUUGAUGGUGUCGCCCAUAUGAUUGAAGAAAUCCCGAACCCCUCUGUGGAAGGGCCCAAGAUUAUGAUUGCAUGCGUGGCAAUUGGCACUGUUACUGGAUUUAUCUUCCUCAUGGUCCUGCUUUUUGUGGCUGGCGACAUCGAAACCAUCAUUGAAUCUUCAGCUGGUCCACUUUUGGCUAUCUUGAAGAACGCUACCAAGAGCAAUGCGGGCGCAAUCUGCCUUCUGAUCUUCCCUCUGGUUUGUAUGCUGUUCACCACAACUGCUAUUAUGACUACUAGCAGUCGUAUGUGCUACGCCUUUGCACGUGAUGGUGGCCUCCCUUUCUCCCGUUUCUUCUCCAAGGUCCACCCCAAGCUCAAGGUCCCGCUAAACUCCUUGUAUCUCAACCUGGGCCUUGUCAUUGUCUUCGGCUUGAUCUUCCUGGGAUCUACUAGCGCCUUCAACGCUAUCGUUUCAGCCUCCGUCGUGUGGCUGGACCUCGCCUACGGAAUGCCCAUUGCGAUCAACUGUAUUCGGGGACGCAACAUGCUUCCCGAGCGACCCUUUGUCCUCCCUGUGGUCGUCGGUUGGGUGCUUAACCUUAUCUCCCUGGCCUAUAUCGCUUUGACUACUAUUCUCUUCCUCUUCCCUCCCGAGCUCCCUGCCACUGGCAGCAACAUGAACUACUGUGUUGCCGCAUUUGGCAUUGUGGUCGUUCUCUCCACAGCCACCUGGUUUGCCGAUGGCCGCAAAAACUACGUCGGCCCCCGUAUUGAGGUUGAAGUGCUUGCUGGAGAAGUUGGCCACUCUGAACAGCCGAUUGCAGCCAUUGAACACUACGGUGAAAAAUAA